GUGUGGGAAUCGGAGGGUUAGGAGGCCUUGCAGGGUUUGGGGGUUUUGGUGGGUUGAAUAGAGCAGGGCCGGUGGCUGGUGAUUGUGCCUUGAAUGGGAUUGAUGAGGCCCUGGGUGGUGGUGGUGGUGUGGAUUCCAUGGGUGCUGGUAUGGGGCGCAGUGCGAGUUCAAUAGCGGCUGGGCUGGCCCAGAAUCAGCUGCAGCAGAUGCUGCUGCAGCAGGAGCAGGAGCGGCUGCAGCGGCAGCAGCUGCAGCUGCAGUUGCAGCAGGAGCGGCUCAAGUGGCAGCAGCAGCAGGAGCUGCUGCGACUGCAGAAGGAGCAAGAGGAGGAGAGCAGAAAGGGGAGCAAGAGCAGCUGUUUGGAGGGCGGGAGAUGCAUGAGCAGCAGCAACAGACCAACUCACAGCAGCAGCAGGAGCAACAGGAGCAGGAGCAUCAGCAACAGCAGCAGCAGUUGCAGCAGCAGGAGGAGCAGCAGCAACACUUGCGGCAGCAGGAGCAGGAGCAGCAGAAGCAGGAGCGGCAGCAGGAGCAGCCGAUUUUUGCACGAAGGAUGCUGGCCCGGCAAGGUCUCCUAGAGCGGCUCCCUAGCGAUGCGUCAACUGCCGGCAACCUGGCGAGCGUGCGAGGAUUCAGCCUGCUGCACAUGCAAGCUGGUGCUGACGCAGAGGGAGAGGCCUUUGCGGCAGGAGCAGCUGCUGCUGAUUUCCCUCUAGGGGUUGCGGCAGAGCUGGGCGCAUCCACAGGCGUUUCUGUAGGCGUUUCGGGGGGAUUUGCUGACCCAGCUGUCUCUGCCGGUAGCAAUGCGCGGCCAGCCUGGUUGGGAGCAAGGGAGGCAGCAGCAGCAAUUGAACUGGAGCCUCCUGACGACCUCCCCUCCUUCCUUAGGGAUAUCCAAGCAGGGGGGUUAACCAUGCUGGGGGGGGAACAGGGGGGAGGCGCAGCAGGGGGAGGGGGAACAGCAGCAGCAGCUGGGGUGGCAGGGAGGGAGACAGUGGCGCGGCUAGCAUCAAUGGAGGGACGAGAGUUGCAGAACCUGCUUCGGUUUGGCAGCAUGGGGGGGCUGCUAGCCCCGCCACUUACCAGGCUGGGUUCCCUGGCAGCAGGAGGGGGGGCAGCAGCAGUGGAGGGAGCAGCAGCAGCAGUGGAGGCAGCAGCAGCAGCAGUGGCAGGGAGGGAGUCAGUGGCGCGACUAUCGUCAGUGGACGGGCAAGGGCUGCAAAACCUGCUGCGGUUUGGCAGCAUGGGGGGCUGCUGGCCCCGCCGCUUACUAGGUUGGGUUCCCAGGCAGCAGCAGCUGCUGCGGCUGCUGGUGCAGCGGCUGGUGCUCAGAGACGAAGUCCCGAGCGUCCCUCCUUGGACCCAGCAGCAGCAGCCCCAGCAGCAGCAGCCCCAGCAGCAGCAGCAGCAGCAGCAGGAACAACAGCUGCUGCUCUCUCGAAACCUCCUCGCAACCGCUCUCCCCCGCGUCGCCCCUCCAUCUCUCCACCCACCCAUCGCCAUCCCUCCCCUCUGUCUGGUCGCCCCCCCUCCCCGCCCUCUCAUCCCUCCCUCUCCCCUCCCAAGCGCCGCUCCCUCUCUCCCCCCACCCAUCGCCUUGCCCGAGUUGAUUCUCUAGCCUCCAAUUCCCCUCCCCCCCCGCCCCCAUGGGGAAAAGCACAGGCAAGGUAUGGGGAAGGCAUGGGCGAA